AUGGAUACCAAUAAGCUUCAGUCUCGCUUCUCUCUAGUCAGACAAUCCUCUCGGGCACCGGACCGUGAGGAUUCCGGCGCCGUCGACGUGCCAGAAUCGGUAGCGUUGAAUCCGACGGUUCCAUUGAUGUAUUUGGCGAACGAAGGUGACUUUGAAGCAAUCAACGAGCUUUUAGACGACGGCUAUGACGUCAAUUUCAGAGACAUUGACGGCCGCACCGCUCUCCAUAUCGCCGCAUGUCAAGGCCGAACCGAGGUCGUUCAGUUGUUGAUUCAAAGAGGUGCUGAAGUUGAUCCACAAGAUCGUUGGUGCAGCACUCCUCUUGCUGAUGCGUUGUACUACAAAAAUCAUGAUGUUGUCAAACUUUUGGAGGAACAUGGUGCAAAACCCCCGGAGGCUCCUAUGCAUGUUCAGAAUGCCCGUGAAGUCCCUGAAUAUGAGAUUGAUUCAUCUGAACUUGAUUUUACAAAUAGUGUUUGCAUAACAAAGGGAACUUUCCGGAGUGCAUUAUGGGGUGGAAUUCAAGUAGCUGUUAAAACUCUUGGGGAGGAAGUAUUCACUGAUGAUGAUAAAGUAAAGGCAUUUCACGACGAGCUUACAUUACUUCAGAAAGCAAGGCAUCCAAAUGUUGUUCAAUUUUUGGGUGCCGUGACACAAAGCACUCCAAUGAUGAUUGUCACAGAAUAUCUACCCCAGGGGGAUCUUCGUGCCUACUUAAAGCGCAAAGGUGCAUUAAAAUCAUCUGUUGUUGUGAAGUUUGCACUUGAUAUUGCUAGGGGAAUGAACUAUUUGCAUGAACAUAAACCUGAUCCCAUAAUACACCGAGAUCUUGAGCCUUCAAAUAUUCUCCGGGAUGAUUCUGGGCAUCUGAAAGUUGCAGACUUUGGAGUUAGCAAGUCACUCAAAAUCACUAAAACAGUCAAAGAAGACAAACCUGUGACAUGCCAGGAUACAUCAUGGCGGUAUGUUGCCCCUGAGGUUUACAAAAAUGAGGAAUAUGACACCAAAGUGGAUGUAUUUUCUUUUGCUUUGAUAUUACAAGAGAUGAUUGAAGGUUGUCCACCAUUUUAUAGAAAGCCAGAAAAUGAAGUUCCUAAAGCAUAUGUGGAAAAUGAGAGGCCACCGUUUAGGGCAUCACCUAAGUGUUAUGCUAAUGGAUUAAAAGAGCUAAUUGAGGAAUGUUGGGAUGAAGAACCCUACAGAAGACCAACAUUUAACAAAAUAAUAAAGAGGUUGGAUAAUAUCAACCAUCAUCUUGCUCAAAAGAAGCGUUGGAAGGCUUUGACUCCUUCAUGCAUCUGGAGUUUGGAGGCCCUGUUUAAGCGGUAUCCUACAAAUCCUGAUAGCCGAUCAGCUUGCUCUACCUAA